AUGGCUACAAACAGCGGACCAGGAUUGCCUGGAAAUGACCAGAGCGCCAGCGCACCCCCCGCAGCCCCUGUCGCAGAUGGUGCCGUUCCCAAGGUGAAGACCGAGAAGGAACUGGAAAAGGAACGCAAGCGAGCCGAGAAGGUCGCCAAGUUCGAGGCCAAGAAGGCCAAGGCUGCUCAGUCCGCCGCCGCCCCUGUGAAGGAAAAGAAGGUCAAGGAAAAGAAGCCACAGGAGAUUGUCCCUGAGUACGUGGAGGAAACUCCCGCCGGCGAGAAGAAGCGAAUCCGACCAUUCGAGGACCCCAAUUUCAAGGCUUACGACCCGAUCGCCGUCGAAUCUGCUUGGUACAGUUGGUGGGAGAAGGAAGGUUUCUUCCAGCCCAAGUUCAAGGAUGAUGGCAAGGUUCAAGAUGAAGGCAGCUUCGUCAUUGUUCACCCUCCACCAAACGUUACUGGAGCUCUCCAUAUGGGUCACGCAUUGGGCGACUCUCUCCAGGAUAUCAUGAUCAGAUGGAACCGUAUGCAGGGCAAGACCACCCUGUGGCUCCCUGGAUGCGACCACGCUGGUAUUUCCACCCAAAGCGUUGUCGAGAACAUGCUGUGGAGACGCCAGCAAAAGACACGCCACGACCUUGGUCGAGAGAAGUUUAUCGAUACCGUUUGGGAGUGGAAGGGUGAGUAUCACAAGAAGAUCAACAAGGCCCUUUCUAGUAUGGGUGGCUCAUUCGACUGGAGCCGAGAAGCUUUCACCAUGGAUGAGAACCUGUCCGCAGCCGUCACAGAGACCUUUGUCAAGCUCCACGAGGAAGGCGUUAUCUACAGAGCCAAUCGUCUUGUCAACUGGUGUACAAAGCUGAACACCGCCUUGUCGAACCUCGAAGUUGUCAACAAGGAACUCACUGGCCGCACCCUCCUUGAUGUGCCAGGAUAUGAGAAGAAGGUUGAGUUCGGUGUUAUUGUUCACUUCCAGUACCCCAUUGAGGGUUCCGAUGAGAAGAUCGAGGUCGCCACUACCCGUAUCGAGACGAUGCUUGGUGACACGGGUAUUGCCGUAAACCCUAAGGAUGCGAGGUACACCCACCUUGUUGGAAAGGUAGCUCUCCACCCCUUCAUCGAGGGCCGCAAGCUCCCGAUUAUCGCCGAUGACUACGUCGAUAUGGAAUUCGGAACUGGUGCUGUGAAGCUCACCCCGGCACAUGACCCCAACGAUUUCACUCUUGGACAAAGACAUAACCUCCAGUUCAUCAACAUCCUGACUGAUGAUGGCCUGCUGAACGAGAAUGCCGGUCCUUACAAGGGUCAGAAGCGAUUCGAUGUGCGCUACACUAUUCAAGAUGCUCUGAAGGAGAAGGGUCUAUAUGUGGACAAGAAGGACAACGCGAUGAAGGUGCCACUUUGCGAAAAGUCGAAGGACAUCAUUGAGCCGCUUAUGAAGCCUCAGUGGUGGAUGAGAAUGAAGGAGCUGGCUGAGCCAGCCUUGGAGGUCGUCCGAAAUGGCGACAUCAAGAUCAGACCUGAUACUGCUGAGAGGAGCUAUUUCCGCUGGCUCGAAGACAUCAACGACUGGUGCAUCAGCAGACAGCUCUGGUGGGGACACCGAUGCCCUGUCUACUUCGCCAAGAUUGAGGGCGAGGUCGGAGAUGCCUCAGAGGAAGGUCUUUGGUUCUCUGGAAGGACACGAGAGGAAGCCGAGCAAAAGGCCAAGGCUGCUCUUCCCGGAAAGACAUUUACCCUGGAGCAGGACGAGGAUGUCCUUGACACUUGGUUCUCAUCUGGCCUUUGGCCAUUCAGCACUCUGGGCUGGCCUAAGAAGACUCACGAUCUUGAGACAUUGUAUCCCACCGCCGUCCUGGAGACUGGAUGGGAUAUUCUCUUCUUCUGGAUUGCCCGCAUGAUUAUGCUCGGACUGAAAAUGACUGGCAAGAUCCCUUUCAAGGAGGUUUACUGCCACAGUCUGGUCCGUGAUUCGGACGGUCGGAAAAUGAGCAAGAGUCUUGGAAAUGUCAUUGACCCUCUCGAUGUCAUCUCCGGAAUCAAGCUUGAGGAGCUCCAUGAUAAGCUCCUUCUCGGCAACCUUCACCCCAGUGAGGUGGCCAAGGCUACCAAGUACCAGAAGACCGCUUUCCCAGAUGGAAUCCCACAGUGCGGUGCUGAUGCCUUGCGAUUCACCAUGGCAAACGCUACCACUGGUGGAGGCGAUAUUAACCUCGACGUCAGGAUUAUCCACGCCUACCGAAAGUUCUGUAACAAGAUCUUCCAAGCUACUAAAUACGUCCUCGGUAGCUUGCCUGAGGACUUCGUCCCUGCCAAGGAUGCGUCCGCUACUGGCAAGACCCUAGCAGAGCGCUGGAUUCUGCACAAGAUGAACGCUGCUGCACGAGACGUCAACGCCGCUCUGGCCGACCGAGAAUUUUCCAAGGCCACGAUCCUUGUCUACCGCUACUGGUACACCGAGCUAUGUGAUGUAUACAUUGAGAACUCCAAGGCCAUCAUCCGUGAUGGCACUGAGGAAGAACGCCAAUCUGCUCUGCAGACUUUGUAUACUACCUUGGACGCAGCUCUCGCCCUGAUCCACCCAUUCAUGCCAUAUAUCAGUGAAGAGAUGUGGCAGCGAAUGAAGCGCAGACCAGGAGAUGAGACCAAGUCCGUCAUGCUCGCCAAAUACCCUACUUUCAACCCGGCCCUCGAUGACCCAGCAUCAGAAACAGCUUAUGAGCUCGUUUUGGAAUGCACCAAGGCCGGCCGUUCCCUGAUGGCUGAGUACGCCCUCAAGGAGAACGUUGACUUCACUAUUCAAGCGUAUGACGAGACGACACUGAAGACCGUGACCGAGCAGGUUGCAUCUAUCAAGUCUCUCGCAGGCAAGGGUGUAGGGAACAUCCACAUCCUUGGCUCUGAUGCUGCCCGACCUGCCGGUAGCGUCUCGUACCCGGUGUCUACCGUUGCCUCCGUGUUCCUAUACGUCAAGGGCCGCGUUGACAUGGACGCCGAAAUUUCCAAGGCACAGAAGAAGCUUGACAAGGCUGUGUCUAACCUGAAGAAGCAAGAGAAGAUUUUCACCGACCCAGGAUACAAGGAGAAGGUCUCCGCUGCUGUUCAGGAGACCGAUCAGGCCAAGCUGGCCGAGCUCAGACAGGAGGCCAAGACCUUCACGGAGACAAUCCAGCAGUUCGAGCAGCUCAAGUUAGAGUAG